CUAUUUAACAAAACAAUAAUUUUUUUCGUAUUUUUAUUACUUUCGUAUUCUCAAUCAUGGAAGAUAACCCAGCACCGUCGACAAGUGGAGUCAAUCAGUCAAGAAAUCGCCGACGAACAAACAGGAUAAGAAAUCGUAGAACAACGUCUCGCAACAGGAGUAGAUCAAGAAAUCGUCCUCGUUCUCGUAGACAAAUAUUGUUUGUUGCUCCUCGUACGCGUUCUUUAUCUCGAGAACAGUGUGAGCGCAUUGCGAGACCAUCACGAGAGGAAAUACAAACCGCAAAAGAAUGUCCUAUAUGUCUGGAAACAUUGACUGAAGAUCAACCAAAUCGGAAGUUGCUCUGCAAUCACAUUUUUCAUGAAUCAUGUCUAUUCCCAUGGGUGCAAGGAGAUAUUGGCAAUUGCCCAGUUUGUAGACAAACUUUAGUCGAUGCUUAUUGAGUAUAGCUGAUUAUACGGAGGGAAUGCGAUGAAAGGUUCAAAAUUUAAUAAAUAGUA